ACGAAAGCCCUGUGUUACGGUUAGGAUCAUGCCUGAGAAAGCUACCCACAAGGUUCACCCGGCGCCCGAUUGGCUCACCUCGGACUAUGUGCAGGACAAGCUGCGGAUCUACUUCAGGAACAGUUCCCUGAAACUGGAGAAGCUGCACACAAAGCCAGCCGUGGCCAAUGGAGGAAACUAUGGCAGCGUGAUGACCCGGAUCAAUGUGGAGUACACCACCAAGGAGGUCAAGGAAAAGCAGGCCACCACCUUCUUGGUCAAGACCACAUUCGCGGACCAGGAUCCCGCCGGCGAUGUGCUCAUCCACUAUGGAGUCUACUCCCGGGAAAUGGAUAUAUACGAAAGCAUCCUGCCGCAACUGGCGGACAUGGUAAGGAAGGACCUGAAGGACCCCAGGAAGCUGUUUGCCGCCACCAUGGAUGUGGAUCGCAAGCGGGACUCGAUCAUCUUCGAGGACAUGUCGCUGGAUCACUACAAGGUGGCCUGUCGCAAGAAGAAACUGGACCUGGAGCACACUCACCUGGUGCUGGAGAAGCUGGCCAGUUUCCACGCGGCUGCAGCCGUUCUCGCCGAGCGUCAACCGGGAGUCUUUGCAAACAACUAUGAUCGAGGAUUUUUUAACAAACACACCCGCGCCUACGGACCGAUCUUGACCAAUCUGCUGGAGGCCCUUUCCCGCUCCCUAAGCUCGGAUCAGGAGCUGGGUCCACGGUACAAGACCAAGAUCGAUAAGCUAAUCGAACGUCUAAUGGACUAUGGCGAAAGGUCCACGACAAACAAUCCUGGCGACUUUUUAACCGUAGCCCACGGCGAUCUGUGGACCACAAAUGUUAUGUUCCAAUACGACGACGAAGGUCAUCCCACGAAUGCCAUAUUCAUCGACUUCCAGUUCAGCGUCUGGAACUCUCCAGCCAUCGAUCUGCACUAUUUCUUCACCACCUCGUUGCAGGAUGAUCUCCGCUUCGGUCAUCAGCCGGAAUUGGUGCAGUUUUACUACUACAAGCUAGCGGAGGCUCUCAAGAAGUUCAGGUAUACUGGCAGGAUACCCAGCUUGUUUGAUUUCCAAUUGCAGUUCCGCUCGAGGGGAUUCUAUGCUGUUUUUUGUUCCCUGGUUUUUGAACCCGUCAUGCAGUACGAGGGCAAGGAGGAAGCUUCUAUUGAGCAGGCUCUUUCAAGUUCCGAGAGUGGGAUGCGAUUCAAGGAUUCUGUUUACGAGUCAGAGGCUAUUAAAAAGAAAUUGAGUAUCACGCUACCCUUUCUUGAUCAGUUUGGGUUGCUAGACGAAAUGUGAUUCGGAGUGUUAAUAUUUUAAGUAAACAAAAGUGCUAGUCAAAGUACGUACUAAAUAUAUAUGUUCUUGAAAAACUA